AUGACACUCGGAGCGAGGAUUCAACAAAGGAUCGGCGUGUCGGGUGCGACAGGAAGCCGCGACAUGGCGAGUCUAACUCACCGCAGGUCGAGGAAACGCGCAGCCUUUGUUCUCCUUUCACAGGACAUUUCGUUCGUCGGACGGUCUACAGAAAUGACACUUCACCGAGGCGCUGGCAGCAUGCUCGCGCGCGUGCGUCCGCACUGCGGACACUACCAUCAGUGGCGAGCGAACGCGCACACUGAGCGUGGUGCGGCGCGGCGACGUGCGAGCUACACAGCUACCUGCCCGUUUCCGCGGCGAGGUGAAGCGGAGGUGCGCAUCGCGGUUCGCGGCGCACGCGCAGGUACGCGCCCGCGGCCCGCGCACCUUGUCGGAGGGGUGGGGUGA